AUGUCUCUAACGUACGAAAGCACUUCAUUUCAACCGCAGGCCUUAUCCACUGGAUUGCAUUCUCGAGUGACUAAGGAUCCCGAGAAUGCUCUUAUCAUAAACACGGCACCUCAAGGAAGGUCAGCUAAAAGGAAUGCACAACAGAUCAAUUACGCUGAAUUCGACAAUGUGGAUGAUUUUGAGUUUGAAGACACGCCAAGUUCUACUUUGAAUGCUAGUCUAGCAUCAGCCAAUGCCCAAUUUAAUGCUAAUACACAAAAACUUCUACUUAAACCAGCUAAGAUUAUACAUUCGGUGGUAGGAGGUGAAGAUGAGUCUCAAAAGCUACAAGAGCUUGUUCAUAAGCCCCAGGAAGAUAUACUUAUUCCUAUUAGAUUAGAUUUAGAAUAUAAUGCUGGUAAUUCCAAAUUAGUUGAUUUUUUCAUGUGGAAUCUUAAUGAAGCUUUAAUCACCCCAGAACAAUUUGCUACUUCUUUAUGCAAUGAUUUGGAUUUACCAGGUACAAUAAACCAAGAAAUUGUUGAAUCGAUAAACAAACAGAUUGAAGAUUAUAAUUUUGUAUCUACUUUACAACCUCCUAAUAAUGUGGAAAUUCAUGUUGUAAUUGAUUUGGCAGUCAGUUUGGAUAAAAAAUUAUAUCAAGAUAAGUUUGAAUGGGACUUAUAUCAAACCGAUGUCACCCCAGAAACUUUUGCUGAUAUCGUUGUUGCUGACUUGGGUUUAUCAUUAGAAUUCAAACCUGCUAUUUCCCAUUCUCUACACGAAGUAGUUCUUAGAUUAAAGAAAGAGAUUUCCGAAGGUACUUAUAAUCAUGAAUUACAAAAAUACCAACAAUUAGCCGGUUUGAUUUUUGAAAGUGGUAUAAGAAUUAGAACUGAAAGUAGUGUUCAUAAUGGAAAUAACCAUUGGGAACCAAUAAUUGAAGUUCUCACUCCUUGGGAAAUAGAAAAGAGAGAAAUUGAAAGAGAAAGAAAUAUUAGAAGAUUAAAGAGAGAAAAUAUGAGAAGAGAAGUUGACGAAUUCAGUAGUAACAAAAGAAGAGCUAUCAUGAGUAGGAGAAGAUAUGAUGAAUUAGAAGGUACUUGGAAAAACUAG